AUGGUCCGUAAAGGUUGCUGUCACGACACAGACGCACAGAUCAAGCACAAAGCGGCACGCUACCCAGGUGUGGUCUUCGAGGUAGCAUCCUCCCAGAACAGUGAGGAGAUGGAAGAGCUUGCAAGACAAUACAUCAUUGAAGGUGGUGGAAAUACUUGUCGGGUCGUGUUUCUAAGUGUCAACCAUGGUACUUCCAAGAAGGCGACUCUCAGUAUUUGGAAACCACAAAUAACUGCAAGUACUGACGAUUCACUACCAAUGCUGUCGGUGGAGACGGAGGUAGCCAACCUGACGUUCCGAAAUGCCGAUGGUGGACCUUCUCCGGGCUGGUGGAUGGCGUUUCCUGUCGCAGAUUUCGCCCCCAAGUCAUUGAUCCCCGAAUCCGUCCUUCACACGUCGAUUUACAUUUCCUCCAACGACCUGCGUACAUGUCUCGGCGAAGCAGAAGUUGAACGGCGAGCGUGGAACUCGGGAGGGGGGAUAGUCGAUCCGGAUCUACCUCUUCAAUUCGAUGUCCCUCCAGCGUAG